AUGGUUUUCGGAAGAUCUCGCGCCGGGGACACCACUGGUCGAACUCGUCGCAGCCCUCUGCGGCCACUGAUUUCCUUGAACCAUUUCUUGAUCUUUGCCUCCGCCGCAAUAGUUACAGGCAUUACCGCAUACUUUGUCCAUUUGGAGCCCAAGCCACAUAGUACACAUAUUAUCUAUCAACUGGUCAUCGCUGUAAUCACGCUUAUCCUAUAUGCGAUCUCGUCAAUCUUGCCGUUUAUCAACAGAUAUCGCGGCCAUUUCAUGCCUGUCAAUCUCAUUUUUUCAUACCUGUGGCUCACUUCGUUCAUCUUCGCAACCCAGGACUGGGCUGGUGGAAGGUGUGUAAGGAAUUCGACAGUCGCAGGCAGGUGUUCGCUAAAGAAGACCAUCAUCGCGUUUGACUUCCUCGCGCUAUUCUUCUUGAUGUGCAAUGUCGUGGCCGAAGGUUUCCUCUUGCGCCAAGAGCGGACCGGGGCGGUUGUAGACCCUGUUGUCGAGCCAAAACAUCGUCCGGACACGGCAACAACUGCCAAUACUACAAGCGCCGUCUAA